AGGGGGGGAAUUAAUGCAUUAGCGGCGCUCGCUGCUGCUGCUGGCUGGAUCGGAUCCGAGACAGAGAUUAGCGCAGCGAUCGACCACCGAGGAGGGGAUUUGGGCGGAGAGAUGGGGGGAAGGAAGACAGGCGGGUAGCGCAGACCUGCGCCGGCCGCCAAGUGGGGGCCCCAGUUCCCGCUCCCCCGGGGCUACGGAGGAUGCACCCGGGGGAUACGGCCCUGCGCGCGGUUCCGCCGCCGCGCUCCCCAGCGGCCCCUGUUGCCGCGCCCGCAUCCCGCGGAGGUGCCGCGCAUCCCCCCGGGGGCCCCGCGGGAGGCUGGGCGGGUCGCCGCCGCCGGUGGCGAGCACUGGGAGGAGGACCCUCGCCCACACCGCGCCGCUCGCCACCGCCCCUCCCGCCCCCGCGGAGGCCCCGCCCCGUCGCGGCGGGUGGGGCGGGGCGGGGCGGGGCGGGGAGCGGGGCGCGCCCGUCCGCCGCGGUCGGUCCAGUCCGGGCUUUGUCUCCGCCCCCGCCGGCGGCGCCGCCCCCAGGGGCCGGGAGGCGGGCGCCGAGGGGAGGCAGGGCGGCGGCACAGCGGCGUCCCCGUCCCCGUCCCCGCCGCGCUCCGUCCAAUGCCCGGCAGCCCGGGGCGAGGAGCCACUGCGCCUUCCUGCCGCGGCACGGCGAGUGCCUGCAGCCUCGGAGUUUUCCUGAAGCAGCCGUCCCAGCGGGAGCGCGUUUGGUAGAGAGGGAGCAGGAGGAGAGCCCGAAAUGACUUACCUUCCGAGGCGCGACUGAAGGGGACUUACUGGAGUGGAACCGUAGUGGAAUUUGGGUCUGGAGAGGAGUUGCUAACGCUUUUUUUUUUUUUUUUUCUUUUUCUUUUUUUUUUUUUUUUUUUUUAACCUUCUCCCUGUUCCCUCCCCUCUUUUCGCCCAUCAUUGGAAAUGAACAAACUGCAUUUGCAAUUCAGAAAGUAGAAAUAUUAAAUAUUCCAUCCCCCGGAAAGCACACAUGUAGUAAUGACAAAGGAUUGCAAAGGAGAGAGUGGCUCCAGUUUCCCAGAGAGAUCCCCUUAAAUGGAUUACUAAAUGGGACACUACAUCAGCUAGUUCUGUCCUCUAGCUGCCUAGAUACAUGCACCGAAAAGGGUGAAGUGAAGAAGUGAAGCCUCCCAGCUGAACUACUAUGAGGUCAGAAGCCUUGCUGCUAUAUUUCACACUGCUACACUUUGCUGGGGCUGGUUUCCCAGAAGAUUCUGAGCCAAUCAGUAUUUCGCAUGGCAACUAUACAAGACAGUAUCCGGUGUUUGUGGGUCACAAACCAGGGCGGAACACCACGCAGAGGCACCGGCUGGACAUCCAGCUGGUCAUGGUCAUGAACAGGACCCUCUACGUUGCUGCUAGGGACCAUAUUUAUACCGUUGAUAUGGACACAUCACAUACAGAAGAAAUUUAUUUUAGCAAAAAAUUGACAUGGAAAUCUAGACAAGCUGAUGUAGACACAUGCAGAAUGAAGGGAAAACAUAAGGAUGAAUGUCAUAAUUUUAUUAAGGUUCUCCUAAAAAGAAAUGAGGAUACACUGUUUAUCUGUGGAACAAAUGCAUUCAACCCUUCUUGCAGGAACUACAAGAUGGAUACUCUGGAGUUCCUGGGAGAUGAAUUCAGUGGAAUGGCCAGGUGCCCCUAUGAUGCAAAGCAUGCCAAUGUUGCGUUGUUCGCAGAGGGAAAGCUGUAUUCUGCCACAGUGACCGACUUCCUUGCAAUAGAUGCAGUCAUAUACCGGAGCCUUGGAGACAGCCCAACUCUGCGGACAGUUAAACAUGACUCCAAGUGGUUGAAAGAACCAUACUUUGUCCAGGCAGUGGACUAUGGAAAUUACAUUUACUUCUUCUUCCGGGAAAUAGCAGUGGAGUACAACAGCAUGGGAAAGGUAGUUUUCCCAAGGGUGGCUCAGGUUUGCAAAAAUGACAUGGGAGGAUCUCAGAGAGUGCUGGAAAAACAGUGGACUUCCUUUCUCAAGGCUCGUUUGAACUGCUCGGUUCCUGGCGAUUCACACUUCUACUUUAACAUACUGCAGGCAGUUACAGAUGUUAUCCAUUUCAAUGGCCGGGAUGUUGUUUUAGCAACCUUCUCAACUCCAUAUAAUAGCAUCCCUGGCUCUGCAGUCUGUGCCUAUGACAUGCUUGACAUCGCCAGUGUAUUUACUGGGAGAUUCAAAGAACAAAAGUCUCCAGACUCCACAUGGACACCAGUUCCUGACGAACGAGUGCCCAAACCCAGGCCUGGUUGCUGUGCUGGCUCUACAUCAUUAGAAAAAUACGUAACCUCUAAUGAGUUCCCAGAUGAUACUCUGAACUUCAUCAAAACACAUCCACUGAUGGACGAGGCUGUACCUUCGAUUGUCAAUAGACCCUGGUUCCUGAGAACAAUGGUCAGAUACCGCCUGACCAAAAUUGCCGUGGACUCUGCUGCUGGGCCCUAUCAGAACUACACCGUGGUUUUCUUGGGAUCAGAGAAGGGAAUCAUCCUGAAGUUCUUGGCACGGACAGGAAACAGUGGUUUCCUAAAUGACAGCCUUUUCCUGGAGGAGAUGAACGUUUACAAUCCUGAAAAGUGCAGCUACGACGGCGUGGAGGACAAGAGGAUUGUGGGCAUGCAGCUUGACAAGCCCAGCAGCGCCCUGUACGUCGCCUUCUCCACCUGUGUCAUCAGGGUUCCCCUGGGACGUUGUGAGCGUCAUGGCAAAUGCAAGAAGGCCUGCAUAGCAUCCAGAGACCCCUACUGCGGAUGGGUGAAGGAGAGUGGGGUGUGCACACAGCUGGUCCUUGGCUCCAAAGUGGCAUUUGAACAGGACAUAGAACAUGGCAAUACAGAUGGCCUGGGUGACUGCCAAAAUUCCUUCGUAGCCCUGAAUGACAUUUCAACUGCUUCACCUGAUCAUGAAAUGUCUUACGACACAGUGUAUGGACACUCCAGUUCCCUAGUCCCAAGCACCACCACUUCUGACUCUCGCGCUCGACAGGGUUAUGAUGCUAGGGGACGCAUGCUGGAUUGGAAGGAUCCGCUUGGUUCAUCUGAAAAUACAGAUCCAUAUGUGGCAGUUUCAUCCCAUAAUCAUCAAGACAAGAAGGGAGUGAUCCGUGAGAGUUACCUGAAGGGUCAUGAUCAGCUGGUGCCGGUCACCCUGUUGGCCAUUGCUGUUAUUCUUGCUUUUGUCAUGGGCGCCGUCUUUUCGGGAAUCAUAGUGUACUGCAUCUGUGACCAUCGCCGCAGAGAUGUGGCUGUUGUGCAGAGGAAGGAGAAGGAGCUGACCCACUCCCGCCGUGGAUCCAUGAGCAGCGUCACCAAGCUCAGUGGCCUCUUUGGGGAUGCUCAGUCCAAGGAGCCAAAGCCCGAAGCUAUCCUCACACCCCUGAUGCACAACGGCAAGCUGGCUACUCCUGGCAGCACUGCCAAGAUGCUAAUCAAAGCUGACCAGCACCAUCUGGACCUGGCUGCGCUGCCAACGCCUGAGUCCACCCCAACCCUGCAACAGAAGAGAAAACCCAGCCGUGGCAGCAGGGAAUGGGAAAGAAACCAGAACCUCAUCAAUGCCUGCACAAAAGAUAUCCCCCCGAUGGCCUCGCCCGUGAUACCUACAGACCUGCCGCUCAGGGCUUCUCCUAGCCACAUUCCCAGUGUUGUAGUCCUGCCCAUAGCCCAGCAAGGCUACCAGCAUGAGUACGUUGACCAGCCAAAAAUGAGCGAUGGGGCUCAGAUGUCUGUGGAGGACCAGAAUGCCACCCUUGAGUACAAAACUAUCAAGGACCAUCUCAGCAGCAAAAGCCCCAGCCACGGGGUUAACCUGGUGGAAAAUCUCGACAGCAUGCCACCAAAAGUACCCCAGCGGGAAGCUUCCCUUGGCCCCCCGAGUGCCUCGCUGUCGCAGAGUGGCCUGAGCAAGCGGCUGGAGGUGCACCCUUCUGCUUACAGUGUGGACUACAAGAGAAGCUAUCCUACAAACUCGCUCACGAGAAGUCACCAGACGUCAACCCUCAAAAGAAACAACACUAACUCCUCCAACUCAUCCCACCUCUCCCGCAAUCAGAGCUUCGGCCGGAGCGACAACCCGCCGCCGGCCCCGCAGCGAGUGGACUCCAUACAGGUCCACGCUGCGCAGGCACAGGCUGUGACUGUAUCUCGGCAGCCGAGUCUGACCGCCUACAACUCACUGACAAGGUCAGGGUUGAAACGCACGCCCUCGCUAAAGCCAGAUGUACCUCCCAAACCUUCAUUUGCUCCACUCUCCACAUCCAUGAAGCCCAACGAUGCGUGUACAUAAUCAGAGUGGGGUGGGGGGGGAGGACGGCAAUUAAGAAGAGGUUGCCCUUGAAAGCCAGGGUUCUGCAACUGUUAUCACUCGCUCCUCUGAGAAGAUGGUUGUUGCAAGCUGAAGAUGUGUUGGAUUUCUGCUCUCUGGGAAAAGUGGAAUAUUUUUUUAAACCCGAGCCAUAUGACCCAUGGUUGAAGGUUUGCAAUUGCAGGACUCGCCCCCACAACCCGCCAGUUCUUUGCUCAAAAGACUAGCCCUCCAUCACAAACAUUGAGCCAAAAGCACACAGGUGAAAGAUGACUGUGACAUUUCACCCCCUGCCCCCAACUGCACAGCGCAUUCCUGAACUGUGAAAGGGUGCUCUGAAAAGCAAAACAAAUAAUUACAAAAACAAAUUAAAAAAAAAAUAAAAAGAAAAAAAAGAAUCCAUUGAUAAAGCUAACUCUGACUUAACAAUGGCAGAAGUUUACUGCGUGCAGGUACUGUGAAAUGAUGCCCAUCAGUGUUACAGUCAUUUGGUUACAGCAGUUGAAUGCCAUGUGGGGCAAACUGUCAUAGAUUUCUGCUACCCUUCUCUUUUAAUGAAUAACAUGUGACUGUUAACGCAAGUAACUCCUCUUAUUUAUUGUUCAACUUCUGUUUUUCCUAAGGAAAUGACUUCUGCAUAUCAUCCUGUGAGCAGCUCUUCAGAGAAGUACCUUGAAGGUUGUACCUAUUUAACAUGAAACCCAUUAACUGGAGUAAUUAAAACUCUUUUAUUUUUCCAAUAAAUUCACUGAGUUAGAUAAGUUGGAGCUGGAAUUCUGAACUUUGUGCCUGGACAGCCCGAUUAGCUGAAAAAAAAGGGGAUAUCUAUUUAAGUCUCUCAGCUAAUUAGCUGGCUGGGCCUCUGACCUAAGACAGCGACAAACAAAUACCGCAAGUUCAUAACUUCUAAAGCAACUGCAAGAGAAACUCUUAAAAGCCGCACAUUUGUGCACCAUUGCUAUCAACAUGGCUUUGUCAGUAGCUAAUACUUUCUGUGAAGGCACCAGCUUGUGAUGUGCCAUCUCAUUUCACCUUGCAUGUGAGACGGCAAACAAAAUCCUCAAACAGUGUGAACUAGUUAAUAUGCCGGCUGUUACCAUGCAUAAAUUAUGGUCUUAUCACACGGGUUUUUCGUGGGAAUAUAUCUGUGAAUAGCCUGUUUUCUUCCACAUGUAAAUUUGUGCCUUACACCCUCAGUUGUGUAUACUUGUGAGCUGUAGUAUGUAAAACCUUUUUCUUUUUCCCCUUUGAGUAAUGCAAAUAUUUAUUGAUCCUUCCUCCUCCAAGCCCCUUCAAGAACUGGAGUAAAGACAUUGAAAGAAGAACAUGGUGGUUACUGUCAUAACCCCAUGUCCCUCAAGAAAUUAGGCUAGCACCAUACCCUCCACUUCAAUUUGACUUUCUAGCUGUGCCAAGUCCUCUCUCAAAACCACCCACAAGCGGCGAUGCUCCCAAAACACCAUGCUGGGCGUUCUGUCUUUCCCCCACCUCCGGCUCUCCCUGUACCACACAUCAGCACAGGGAUCAUUCUCACUGGGCAGCAGGGAAGUGACCAACACCCUUGUCCACGGGGCUGGUGUGUCCCCCGGCCGGGGACAAGCACCGGUGAGAGGGGCCAAGCCCUGCAGAAAAGCCCAGUCACACAUCCUGCAGCGUGCAGGGCACAUGGAGCUAGGACAGGCAGGCGGGCUCCUGCUGUAGCUACCUGCUGCUCCAGAAGGAUGCUGCAUAUACUUCUUUGGGGAAAAAUGUUGGGUUGUUUUUUUUUUUUUUUUUUUUCUUUGUUUCUUUUGUGUGACUGUGCAUGUAGCUAGUGUGGGAGUGUGCGCGCACACAGGUGUGUGCGUGUGUGUGUGUGCGCGCAGGUGUGUAAGUUCCUUUCCAGUCUUUUAGUUUAUGCAAAAAUGUAGAUGUGUUUUUAAUCUGUUACAAUAACUGUGUCAACAUACUGUAGAAAAAUGAUGGGGAUCGCUUCUAAGCUUUUUAUAUAUAUAUAUAUAUAUAUAUCUACUGAACAGUAUGUUUGAGUAAGGUGGUUGUUUCUGUUUCAAUUUGUUUUUUAAAAUUUUAUACUUCCAUUUGUUUUUCAGGGUUUUGGUUUUGUUUCUGAACGAUUGAAAAGACAGAUUUUAAGUCCAUUAGCUUAUAGAUGGUAUAUAUAAAGUCUGGAUGGUCUAGACCAAAGUGUGUAACAAGGGUGCUUGCAUGUUCUUUCAUUUCAUCAUGGCUUUUAUGAAACAGUUUUGUUCACCCUUAGUGAACUAUGCAGACUGGAGUAGAUAGAUCUGUAUCCAAAGCGAUGUUGUUGUUUUAAUAAAAACAAACAGAAAACCAUUUGAAAACAGUAGGUAGCAAGGUCAUUUUUUAAAAAAAAAGAACCAACUCGCAACCUUUUUACCAAGCUCCAAACCCCUGGAGCACCAAAUGUGCAGGUCCCCUUGAUAUUACCCUGCAAAGCAUUCUCCCAAAACGUAGAGAUGAAUAAUCAUGUUAACAGCUUGUGCAGCGAUCUGCCUUCACGAUGUACACCACACCAGUUACCAAGUUGACCUUGAAACGUGCAUUUUGUACUCGGUGGGUCUUCUGUUUUUGUCCUUUCCCACCCCCGGUUCCCUUCCACCCUCUGUUUCGAGGGAUUCAUGAACCUAUGUGUGCCUUUGCUUUCCACCCUUGCUAUACACUGGUAGAUGCAACAAAUUCAGACUCUCAUUUGUUGUAAAAUUGUAAAGUAUUGUGAUGUCACCAGUUUCCCUUCAUUUCCACAUCCCCCUAACAUCUGAUUCACAACUUAAUGUAUGUUGUAAAAAAAAAAAAAAAAAAAAAAGCAAGAAAGAAGAAGAAAGAAGGAGGAGAAAAGGGGAAAUAAAAGCUCUUGAUUACAUAUGGUAAUAAAACCAGACUGUUCUACCUUA